AGAUCCAUUAUAUUUUCCCUAGAAAUAUUUAGAAAAGUCUCCGCUAGUGUAAACCCUAUGGGCGUUUAGAGAUGGACCACCAAGUACUCGCAAGUUUACGCGGCUGGCAGCCGCGAAAACUUUGGAGGCCCACCAUUGGAAAAUUAGGCAAUUUUGAGACGAAUGACUUUGGAUUGGGGCUUCAGUCACCUUCUUCUACACGUUUCACUGAGUAAGUCCGAAAUUUUGGAAAAAACCCUGAUAAUACCUUUAAAGCAUUUCAAUUUGUAUUAUUGCUAUCAAUGCAUCAUUGAAGCUCAUACCUAUUGCAAUUGGUUGACUGUCUUGGACUGCCGGGAAGUCAGUGUUCUUGGUGAAACAGAAGGUUAUCGGUGCGGAGAAGUGAGCCUCAAACCAAACCUUGACCUCCUGCUUCUGCCCUGCACAAGUUGAAGUAAAGUGAAGUCAGUCACCUCUGCUGACAUUCACAUCUUAUGAGAUUAAGCGGGCCCCGUUGGGCGGCGCGGCGCGGCCCGGCGGCGGCCUGAGCUGCAGCCAUGAGCCCGGCCGGCGGGCGCGGCGGCGACGCCGAGCUGCUGGCGGCGCGCGCUGCCGCCGAGCGCGCUGCCAUCGUGGCCAAGUACGACCUGGGCCGCGAGGAGGGCGCCCAGAUCGACCCCUGGGAGGACCCCAAGUUCGAGAUCUACCACGUCACAGACAGAUACGGCUUCAUACACGACUGCCGGCUGCCGGAGACGCAGACCGAGGUGGAGAAGACGCUCAAGGAGCUGGAGGUGACGCGCGAGAAGAAGUGGCUGGACAUGCUGCACCGCUGGGAGAAGAUCCGCGCCGGCAAGGACCGCAAGCUGGCCGACAAGCUGCGGCGCCGCGUCUACAAGGGCAUCCCUGACAAGCUGCGCGGCACCGUCUGGGGCAGGAUGCUGAACGUGGAGAAAUUGAAACAGGAACAGCCCGGUGUCUACGAGAAGAUGCGGCAGAGCGCCCGUCUCUGGUCGCCGGAGGUGCGGCAGAUUGACCUCGACGUGAACCGCACCUACCGCGACCACAUCAUGUUCCGCGAGCGGUACGGCAUCAAACAGAAGGAGCUCUUCCACGUGCUCGCGGCGUACUCUGUGUACAACACGGAGCUGGGCUACUGCCAGGGCAUGUCCCAGAUCGCCGCGCUGCUGCUCAUGUACCUCAACGAGGAGGACGCGUUCUGGGCGCUCUCCGUGCUCAUGGCCGGCAACAUGUACAACAUGCACGGUUUGUUUAUUCAGGGAUUUCCCAAGCUCAUCAGGUUACAAAGGCAUCAUGAGCAGAUUCUGAAGAAGUAUCUGCCCAAGUUGAAGAAGCAUUUAGACCGGCAUGGAAUAGACACGACAAUUUACACGCUUAAAUGGUUCUUCCAGUGCUUCCUAGAUCGGGUACCGUUUACGCUGGCGUUGCGGCUGUGGGACGCCUACAUCCUGGACGGCGAGAAGGUGCUGGUCACCGGCGCCUACAUGAUCCUCAAGGUGCACCGAAAGACGCUCCAGCACCUACCCAUGGAGGAGAUACUCGACUUCCUCCAGGUGCGUCUGGAGCGCGACUUUCAGCAGGACGACGACUCGGCGAUGGCCGAGCUGGAGCGGUGCGCCGUGGAGCUGCGCGGCGCGCGCCUGGAGCGGCCCGAGCCGCCGCCCGACCACGAGCUGCCGCAGCGGCCGUUCGGCCUGUUCGUGCCGCCGCCGGCGCUGGUGCAGGCCGGCCUGCGGCGCGACAUGACCGCCGGCGAGGAGAAGGUGGUCGGCGACAUCCAGCGCAUCCGACAGGAGGCGCAGCUCUCCGCCGGAGAAGCCUCCGGCAAUUCGCAUGACGCUAGUAUAGACGACUUCUCGUCGCUGCCGCCGCUGGGCUCACGCACCUCUCUGGCGGCCACCUCGGCCUCGGCGGCCGACAUCAGCACGUGCUCGCUGCGCUCGCUGCCCGGCUCGUCUCCGGCGGCCGGCCGCCGCCCGGCCCACCUCAGCCUGACGGGGCUGGCCGGCGACUCGGCCGAGCCGGGCGCGCCGCAGGCCCGCUCGGAGCCCACCACGCCGCGCCACGCGGCCGCCUCGCCCGACAAGGUGUCCAUCUUCGUGCCGUACACGCCCAACGGCAGCCUGGCGUCGGCGCGCAGCGGCCCCGAGCGGCGCACGCCGCGGGACGGCUCGGCCGAGCGGCGGGCUCUGUCGGCCGACCGGGCGGUGGGCCCGGCCGCCGGCGCCGUCCAGGUGUCGCCGCCCACCUCCUGGCCGGACGAGGCGGGCUCGGCCGGCUCGCCGACCACGCCUGUGUCGCACUGGCCGGCCGACUCGCCGCCCGGCUGGCACUCGGUGCCGUCGCCGGCGUCUCAGCGCGGCUCCGUGUCGCCGUCCUCGCCCGUCUCGCCGUGGUCCGUGUCGCGGGGCUCCUCCCUGGCCCGCUCGUCCACCCAGUCGCCGCCGGCGCCGGCCGAGAACGGCGUGCCGCGUCGGCCCGACGACGAGCCGCUGGUGACCAUAUCGACGCCCGAGGCGGGCCACGUGACGCGCGUGUCGAUCCGCACGGCGCGGGUGAUGCCGCGAGUGACGCUGGCGGAGAUGGACGAGGUGGGCCUGUUCCGACCGGUGCCCUUUGUGCUGGAGAGCCCCGAGACGGACCUCAAGUGACGGACCGCCGCUGUGAUAGGGGCCGGUAGACGCCCCGGCGGCCGCCACGCGCAGUGUCAGUGCGGUGAGCGGCCGGUAGGUGGCAGGCGGCGCCACCAGACUGCACGUCCCAUGUCAAAGUGUCAUAGUACAAAGUGUGAUGAGCGUCUGUGGAGGAGAGGAUCGUGUCCCGUUACCUUGAUCUGCCUUGGGUGGUGUCCGGCCCGUGUAGUGUCGGGCCGUCCGGUCCGGUUGGGUGUUCUGCGGUCAGUUCCGUGCGUUAGGGCGUGUAUACCGAGGGCUGGCCGAGGGCGUCCUCUCGAGGCGCUCAGUCCGCUGCCUCAGACGGUAGUCAAUAUGCAUUUCUGGUUCUUGUACAACCAUCCCGUGUCCGUUCCAUCACUCCGGUUCAGCAUUCCUGAGAGUUUUGUACGUUGUCUUCUAUAAGGCGGCGGCGCUGACCCCGGUGCCCUGUGGGCCACCGCUGCAGCAUCGCUGUAACGACAGAGGGGAGAUAGGAUGAGGCAUCGACAGAUUUCUGCUAACUGCAGUUAGAUUUGCUCGGCGAUACGGUAUUAUUAAGUGUAUUCGAUGGAUAGCCAUUAUCCAAACAAGCGUACUUUGGUCCGUUUCAGGAUGCUUGAACUGUCAGGAAAUGCUGAAGUCCAAUUGCGAAGUUGUCACAUUGUUCCUUUAACUUACGAUUCCUCGGAGACGCUCUCUUGAACCCGUUGCUGCCCAUUUACCCGUGCUGCAGAGGCCUGUUUUGUUAGUUCUGUUUCUGUCAGGACGACAUACCAUUGGGGAUUGUCUAGCCGGAGCCGGUGUGGGUACUGGGUAGUAACUGAACUGAUAUCAGUCCGUGUGACGGCCUGAAGUGACCGGCGCCCUCCCGGAUCUGUUGGGGCGACUGACGGGGCCCAGUCUGCCAGGACCGAGUCCCGUCACUCGCAGCGGGCGCUCCCCGCCGCCCGAGCCGGCGACUGCGGCGGUUCAGUGGCUGUCGAGGCGGCUAGUACUCAUCGAUAUCAUUCUGUAUUUAUUGUUACCCGCUUCGCCCUCAGUUACGCCCGCCCGUGCCCUGUAUUCUCGGCUGUAGGCGGCGCUGCCCCGCUGCCGCCUUAUUUUUGUAUAUCGGCAUGGCUGGCCAGCUCGGCAGGGUGUGAUUUGUUCGGGGUCGAGAUAUCUGCCCGACUUGUACCGUGUGUAGACGAAAUGAAACGAUAAUACAUGUAUACUGAUGUA